GCAUUGGUAGGGCGGAGCCGCAUUGAGUGACGGCUCGGCUCCGCCUUCCGGUUAAGGGGGAUGAGGGGGGGCGAUCAACACGGAAGUGCCUCCGGCCUGCAUUGGAAUGAAAGGAAUCAACUUGUCCUUUUCGGCGUGUGGGUUUCUGGGCAUAUACCACUUGGGGGCAGCAUCGGCGCUCUGCAGACACGGCCAGAAACUCCUGAAAGAUGUGCAGGCCUUCGCUGGAGCUUCUGCAGGGUCCUUGGUUGCAUCGGUCCUGCUCACAGCACCAGAAAAAUUAGAGGAGUGCGGUGAAUUCACCUACGUGUUUGCUGAGGAGAUCCGCCGGCAGGCCCUCGGGGCAGCGACUCCCGGCUACGACUUCAUGGCCCGAUUGAGAAGCGGGAUGGAGUCCAUUCUGCCGCCCGACGCUCACACGCUGGCCUGCGGCCGCCUGCACGUGUCCAUCACCAACGCCCGGAGCGGGCGGAACUGCCUGGUGUCCGCCUUCUGCUCCAGGGAGGACCUCCUGCAGGUUCUCUGCGCCAGCAGCUUCGUGCCCAUCUACGCGGGGCUGAGAGCAGUGGAGUACAGAGGGCAGCCGAGCAGCCCACUUGGCUUUCCUACAGCACCGUCAGGUGUGCGAGCGCAGCCCCGUGUACACGCUCCUCCGCACACCCUUCUCCACCGCGACCAGGCUCUGCUUUGUGCAUAUCGAUGGAAGAUCUUUUGGAUGGGAGACAGGAAGGAAGAGCCCGUCCCCUUUGAGACGACAUGGAGGGACCUGGAGGGUAUUACGCUGAGUGAAAAGUGGGUGGACGGCGGGCUCACCGACAGCCUUCCCAUCCUGCCAGGGGGCCGCACAGUGACCGUCUCCCCCUUCACUGGCCGACUGGACAUCUCCCCGCAAGACGACGGGCGGCUGGGUUCCUAUGUCCGCGUCGCCAACCAGGACGUACUGGUGUCCCCGGGGAACUUGGUGAGGCUGAGCCACGCCCUGUUCCCUCCGAGCCGGAGGGAGAUGGAAUCCCUGCACCAGCGGGGCUUCGAGGACGCCCUGAGGUUUCUGCGCAGGGAAAACUGGUUCGAGUAGGGAGCGUCCCGGACGCGACGCAGAACACCUGUCCGACAGGGUGGGCUGGAGCCGUCGCGUGAAAUCCUUUUUAAAACACUGUCCGAACUCCGUCAGCUGCCUUCGUUCUUGUAAUAGUUUUCAUUGUUUGUAAUAUUUAAAUUUCUACGUGGGGCAAGAAGUCAGAGGCGUUAUUAUUGGGAGUUGGCGGCGGCGUUAAGGACGACUCGGGUGCUAAGCUUCAGAUCCACCGCCGCAAAGACGGAGGAGCCGUCAGCCACUGUCCGGACGCCAGGUCGGCCUGUUUCGGGGAGUUCUGGUGUACCUCGGAGCGCUUGUGGGUUCCUCCUCACCCGUGGGCACUGUCUCAGGUCUUAAAUCUGUCUUUAUUGGGCUUGGCCAAGCGUGAUCUCUUAAUGACUAAGAAGCAGUUACAAACCUUCAACAGUCAAGACACAUUCAAAACAAUUAAA